AGAAACUUGUGCUGUGUGUCAUAGUUGCCUGUCAGUAAAGCCACCAGCUAUGUGAGAGGCUGCCUGUAGAGCACACCCUUCUCACAUGAGCCUGUCUGGGCUGAUCCAUUCAGACUAGCUUCAUCCCAUUAAGAAACUCUCCAAUUCUCUUCACAUUAAGAUCUCUCUUGGAACCUGCAGCUGCUCUCUUCCUUCCCUUCAGCUGUGCUGCACUUACUCUCAAGCUUGUCAGAUCCUGAAUGUUUUCUGUGUAACUUUACAGGAUGGAAGAAGCAGAAUUGCUGAAAGAAAGGCUCUUGGCCAUUACCGAUAAGAGGAAGUUGCAAGAAGAAAUUGCACAAAGACGCCUUCAAAUCGAAGAAGGAAAGUUAAAACUACAUCAUUUAAAGAAAAAAACGAUGCGGGAAAAAUGGCUGCUGGAUGGAAUAAAUACGAUGAGUCCAGAGGAACAGCAGGACAUGCUGAGACAAAACCAAGAAGACCAGAAUCAGAUGAAAGUCCUGGAACAUAUUAUUGGCAGGCUAGAACAAGAGAUUGAAGAUUUAGAGAAGCAAGAAACACAGCUGUCGGCUAAAGAAGUGCGUGUCCUACAGCGACUGAAGUCUGUAGAAAGAACUACAGCGGAUAUCAUAAGGGCUGUGAAAACAGAAGUUCGACUAGAACCGGUAAAGGAUAUAUACGCCGGUAUACCUGACCUACCACCUUCUUAUAAACCAACAUUUGUUAGAAAAAUGGAAAGUGCCCAGCUUGAGAAUGGGGAUGAGCCAAGAAAAGCAUUAUUCGCCAUGGAAAUCAAAGUUGAAAAAGAUAUGAAGACUGGAAAGAACAUAGUGUUAUCCUCAAUCCCGCUUCCCUCUAGUCAGUUUAAAGAUGCAGGAGUUAAAGUUUAUGAUGACGGCAGGAAGUCUGUGUUUGAGGUAAGCAGUGAAGGCAAGCCAGUUAAAAGUGAAGUAGAGAGUCUUGCGCCAAUUGAAGUCGAGGAUCUCUUGAAAAAAGCUACAGAGAAGAGCACUCUGUCUCCCACGGAAUACCACGAACCUGUGUUUUCCAACCCGUACAACAGUUCUAGUAUCCAUAAAGGGCAAGUUCAACAAAAUGUAAAUGGCCACAGCUCACCUGUCAUUGUGAACCAGCAAAAUGGUCACAGUCCAACAUUAGUGGGAGAUAUAGUCCCCAAAAAGCAACCUGUGCCAGAAGUUCCAGUUUAUUCACAGCCAAAAGUUGUCAUGCUAAAUGGACAAUCAACCCAUGUGGAACCACAACUGACAGAAGAUCACAAUCAGGCAGUGUUUGUUAACACAAGAAGAUACAACACCAACCACUCUACUGCUGCUAAUAUGGAAGAUGACAUACAACACAGUGUUGUCCAUGCCACACCAUGUUACAUAGAUGACUCUGAGCCAGUUACCAUGAUUUUCAUGGGCUACCAGCAUGCUGAUGAAAAUGAAAGCAGACCGCUUACAGAUUACGAGGGAGUCAUUCGAGCUGAACUGGUCAUCAUUGAUGAUGACAAUGACAAAGAAGAAGAAGCAGCUGUGGAAGGACUCAUUAGGCAACCGGAAACAAAACCAGAACCUAUUUCUACCCCUCCUUUGCCAAAUAGUGUUGCACAUAAACUACCAAAACACAAUAUCUCUCUGCAUGGCCCUCAGCCCUACAAGAACUCAAUAUCCUUAGAAGAACAAGAAACUAGCCUGGAUCCUCAAAACUAUAUUCCUGUAACCAAACAGAUAGCAGAUGAUGAUGGCACUGAGGAUCCAUCAUUAACAGCCUUGAGGAUUAGAAUGGCCAAGCUGGGGAAAAAAGUGAUAUAAGACUCAAAACUACAUAAGGAGAUUCUUAGCAUAUGGAUAAAGAAGAUCUUCAGAAGUUUUGUGUUUACUAGUGUAACAUGGACUUCUUUUCGUUUCUGCCGCAGACAACCCAUCCAUGGCGCUCCAGUGGGGAGAGUCACUGGUGUUCAUCUGCUACACUUCAGCUUUCUGUCUAAUGCUACUAUACAAGUUCAUGUGUUUUUAUAUAGGAAUAUAUUAUUUUUUGGAACAUGGAAGGUGAUUCCUCAUGUAACUAGGAAGAUACAUGCCAUCGGUGUCAUUGCUUAUUGUAUUUACUUUGUAGUCAUGUAAACAGAAGCAGAUCCAGGCAAGAUCUGUCUUGACUUUCCACAUAUUCACAAGCUUGAUCUUACAUCAUGAAAGAAUGCUGGCAAAUUAAAUCUCAAACUUGCAUCAUAAUUACACUAAUUGAGAGUUACAUAAUUGCUAGUAAUUUUUUCUUUUUAGUGUCGGGGAAGC